GACGAGCGAUUCACGCACUAGAACCUUGUAGGACCUCAGGGUGACUCUUGGAUUCCACGCUUCGUCGCACACAUUAGCCGAUCUCAAGGAUGCCCCGCAUGGACACUGUUCAAUCAGGCACAAUUCCCCGCCAUCGGUAAAUACUCGCUGGAUUUCCCACUGCACUCCAUUCUCUUGGCUUUUUUAUGUACACAAAUUCAGCAUUCCAGUCUCCUGCUCUUCAAAAAUGCCCUGUUCUUUUAUCUACGGUCGCUGAUGCUUGAACGUGGACUGACGAGGAGACAAACGGGACGACAGACGACAGUCGCGCGUUGUGGGGUAAACUCGGACCGUCGGGCCGUCCAUUCCCCACAUCCGCUCCUCGCGCAGAGCAAAGCGGGUUGGUCAGGUGGGGAAGUAUAAAAAGUCGUGACUGCUGUACACAUGUUUGUGCUUUCUUCCCAUCACAUACGUAUCGCACCAUGGAGGGAGGCAGAUUCCAGAAUAUCCGGGUUUAUUGGCUCGCGUUCGUCGUGUACUGGGGGAUCGUGUUAUUCGGUUAUGAUACUGGUGUCGGCGGCGGUGUUGUUAAUAACCCGUACUUCCAGCAACAUUUCGGAAUGUACAACGCCGAUGGAACGCAGGACACCCAUAAAGUAAACAACAUAUCAUCAAAUGUUGUGUCCGUUCUCCAGGCUGGUGCUUUCUUUGGCGCCUUGGGUAGCGUGCCGAUAUCUCCCAAGCUCGGGAGAAGAUACACUUUACUCGUAUAUUCUCUCUUCUUUUGUAUCGGUGCGAUUCUAACGACCAUAGCCGAGUCCCCUUCAAAUGGUCUUAAGCUUAUCUAUGGAGGGCGAGUCAUCUCUGGUGUUGGAAUAGGUGGGAUUUCGGCUAUAGCUCCAGCCUAUGUCUCCGAGUGUUCCCCCAAAGAAGUCCGAGGACGGAUCACAGGGAUGUUCCAGAUCAUGGUGGCCACUGGAGUCAUGCUGUCCUACUUCAUUAACUAUGGUAUUGGUAUUCAUAUUGCCGGCGGCACUGAUGUAUGGAGGAUCCCAUUCGGGUUCCAGCUUGUACCGGCUGGUAUCAUGACCUUUGGAUUGUUGACCAUCAAGGAAUCGCCUCGUUGGCUUGCGUCAGUUAACCGAAAAGAUGACGCCCUCAAGAACCUCGCAUAUCUGCGACGGCUUCCACCCACUUCUGAACAAGUGCUGCACGAGAUGGCCGAGAUAGAAGCCGUUGUUGAGGAAGAGCGCUUAGCUCGCGAAGGUCUGCAUUGGAAGGAAGCCUUUUUCGGAAAAGGCAACUUCAUUCGAUUCGUGAUCGCCUUCGUCAUUUUUCUCUUGCAGCAAUGGUCGGGUCAAAAUUCUGUGAACUACUAUGCUCCCCAGAUUUUCGCAUCCAUCGGCUAUACUGGUACCAAAAACUCCCUUUUAGCAUCGGGAAUCUACGGCGUUGUUAAAUUGGUAUCUACAUCCUUAUUCGUCUUCUUCGGCGUUGAAUGGCUUGGACGAAAACUGUCCUUAACCAUUUCCGCGUUUGGAAUGGGUAUCUUGUUCUAUAUCGUUGGGGCACUUCUAAAAACACACCCACCACCCGCGACUAGUUCCUCCGAUACCUCGGUAGUAUCCCCCGAACCAGCCAGCCAAGCCAUGGCGGCUAUGCUGUACAUAUACGUCUGCUUCUACUCGAUGGGAUGGGGACCAUUACCGUGGGUUUAUGUAUCAGAUAUCUUUCCAACAAGGACAAGGCAUUACGGUUUGGCAUUAGCAAGUGCUUCUCAGUGGCUGUGGAAUUUUGUCGUAUCCAAGGUCACUCCAGAUAUGGUCACCAAUCUAGGUUGGAAGCUUUUCGUAAUGUUUGCUACCGUAAACGUCGGUGCAAUGGGCCUAUUUGCAAUUCUAAUCCCAGAAACGAAGGGCCGUAGCCUUGAAGACAUGGAUGUUAUUUUCGGUGCUAUCAGUAAGGAAGAGCGAGAUAAGAACAUCAUCAAGCAAGAACAUGAACUUGAAGUGAAUGAUCACUCAAGUGUACACCAGAAGGUCUGAUCUUAAUGUUUAUCUCAUGACCAAGAAUGCUCCUGGUCUGUGUGAAUGACUCCGGUGAUAUGCAGCUCCUGUUUUGUAUUUUUGAUCAAAUGUUCACGGUUUUUGAGUAUUGGGCAGACCAUCCAAACCUGGUAACUUUUUGGUUCGAGAGACCGCGAGUGUCGGGCAGAUUGGCGACUCGAUCGUUUAUACUCGAUCGGCUUCUGAGAUCGAGAUCUUGGAGGGUGAAUGAUUGUAGGAUCACCUACCCAGCAUAUAGUCUCAUGCCCUUCAGUUGUGAAAUCCACAGGAUUCCAAGGAAUGUUGAAUCAAUGAAGAACGGCGGGAGUUACAAGUUUGAGUCUUCACGAUGAA